AUGUCCAAUCCCAAGCUCAGCCAUGCUCAGGGCACUUUGGAAGUAAUAAUGAACCAGAAUGUGAGCCUCUCCUGUCACUCAGACUCUGGAUCUCCACCUGUCAGAUACACUCUCUUCAAAGGAAAACAGCAGGUUGCCACACUAAAUAGGACAGAUUCAACCCCAGCUGUGUUUAACCUGACCAUCAACUCUGCCAGUGACGUGGGUGAAUACAAAUGCAAAGCUGAGAACAGAAUCUCCAAUAAUGGAAAAUACAGCAAACCUGUCAAUUUAACCCUUAUAGAGCCAGUUUCUAAGCCAGUGUUAAGCUCACUCACUUCUCGAGCAAACAAAGGACAGAAUGUGACACUAUCUUGUCUCUCGGAAAAUGGUUCUCUUCCUAUCACUUACGUAUUCUUCAGAGGAAGAAAGAACAUCUCUCGCCCCAUAAGGAUGCAGAAGAAGGAAGCAGCUAUGCUUUUUCUGUUUAUCAAUUCAUCUAGUGACUUUGGAACAUAUAAAUGCAAAGCUGGAAACAGCUUUCCCAAUAACACAAAAUAUAGCAACAGUUUCAACUUUACAUUAGCAG